CCCCAAAUUUAUGUAUCCUCUUUAAUCCAGUGCCUGGCCUCAGGAAAAAACAUUGACCUGCUUCAGCAACUGAACACCGUCGAGUACUAUAAGAAACGUCAAAUCUUCGCCAAUUUCUUAUAUAGAAUGUAUUCAGAUUGGUUCUUCAAGGAAGAUUUUCUUGACAGCACCCGCUUUCACUUGUGAUAUGAACAAUGCCAUGUGAUUUGUUUUGUCACUGCUGACCGUGGAUACGACUUGUUUGUUCAAUAAGCAUGGCUCAGACCUGGCUUGAGAAGAUCAAGAAAUCUGAAAAAAUAGGCUUGAUUCAAGAUGGUAAACGUAAAGUUCAUUAUCGCUUCCGGGAGGGCGAAGAAAUGGUCGAAGAAUACAGCAUGGACACGGAUGUACUUGUGAGAAGAGCUUGGAGGAAAAGAGGCACGUUGGGAGCGGAUGGUAUUUGGGAAGUGGAAAUUGGAGAUCCAGAACCAAAUAGUUCCAACUUUGAAUCUCUUGGCAUAAAAGAGAGUAAUUCUGCACCUUUCGUUGCGAGAAGAAUUACUAAAUCAAAUCUAGAAUGGAGGAUUAGAAAUCUUCCCUACUCGUUAGAUGUUUACACUGUGACUGCAGAACCUGAAAACAGAUGUAUUACCGUUCGUACCUCUAAUAAAAAAUACUUCAAAAAAUUGUCUGUACCAGAUUUGGAACGUGCCGGUUUGCUACCAGAACAAGGAAGAAUCAAGUUUACUCACCAACACAAUACUUUGAUAAUUACUUAUCAGAAGCCUUCUGAAGUUAUUCAAUUGGAGAAAAAGAUUCUUGAAGAAGUGAAAACUGUUAAAGUGGCUCAUGAUGGAGAUGCAUCUAAAUGUAAUCCUAGUUGAAAAUGCAGAUCAUUCCAGGUGUGAGAAACAGUAAUUUUAGCAAAGUUACAAUUACUAACCAGGAAGAAACCAUUAUGUUCCAGAAAUAUUUAUUUUGCUGUCACCUGUACAUUUAUUUACAACAGUUACACGCACCAAGUAAGAGUAUUGGAACCAGAUGUAAAUAUACUAUUGAUACACAUUAAUACCCCGAGUGCCUUUUUAAUAAAAAUCACCUCACCAUUCUAUGCAUUGUCUUUCAUGUCUCCAAUGCCCUCAACUGUGAUAUUUAACAGAACAGUACCUGCAGUAGGUAUAUGUGUUAGACAUUGUCUCGGCUCCAGGAGCUGGAAUGUUCAGCAUGUUCCACUUAAAUGAAUAUGAAAAACUACUGAAACUAUCAGCUACACCCUAAAGGUCACGAGUACAAAUUGUGUAAAACCAGUUGUUCCAGAUCUUGUAUGAGAAUGCUGUUUUGAUUUGUGAAACUAGAACAGUCUG